AUGGCGGCGGCGGCGGCGGCGGCGCGGCGGCAGCUGGCGCUGCUGCAGGAGGAGCGCGAGGCCGAGCUCGCCCAGAGCAGGACAUGGCAGGAGAGCAGCUCGCUGAAGGAACUGCAGCGCAGGGGUAUCUGCUUGCUCAAACUCCAAGCUGCCAACCAAAGAACCGGUCUCUACGGACGGUUGCUCGUGACAUUUCAGCCCAGAACAUACAGUUCGGACGCCGAGCUGCCCUCUAACAGUUUUGGGCCUGGUGACAUUGUGGGUCUUUAUGAAUCAACUGGCCAAAGUGAUCUCCUUUCCACCGGCAUCAUAACGCGCGUCACCUCCAGGUCAGUGACUGUAGCCUUUGAGGAAUCUCGAGAUGGCGUGCUGAGCUUGGACCGAGAGAGCUCCUACCGUCUGCUCAAACUAGCCAACGAUGUAACCUACAAGAGACUGAAAAAGGCUUUAAAUGCACUAAGUCAGUAUCAUGGUGGUCCAGCCUCUGAUCUGAUCGACGUCCUCUUCUUUUCUUCUGAUCCAAGCACGUUUAGUGAAACGAAACCUUUGAAGUUCUACAAUGACUCACUAGAUGCAUCGCAGAAGGAGGCUGUCUCCUUCUCGCUGGCACAGAGAGAGCUUGCCAUCAUCCAUGGACCACCCGGCACAGGAAAGACCACAACGAUAGUAGAGAUCAUCUUGCAAGCUGUACAGCAAGGCCUGAAAGUCCUGUGUUGUGCCCCUUCCAACGUUGCGGUGGAUAAUCUGGUGGAAAGGCUGGCCGGCUACAAAGCCCGCAUCCUGCGCCUUGGGCACCCAGCUCGCCUCCUGGAGCCCAUCCAACAGUAUGCUUUGGACGCGGUCUUGGCCCGUGGUGACAGUGCUCAGAUAGUGGCGGAUAUCAGGAAGGAGAUUGACCAGACCUGCGCAAAAAGUAAAAAGGCUCAAGACAAGGGAGAACGGAGCCAUUUUCUAAGUGAGAUAAAGGCCCUGAGAAAGGAGCUGAAGGAACGAGAAGAAACAGCCAUGACUGCAGCCCUUUCCCGUGCCAGUGUUGUCCUUGCUACGAAUACAGGUGCUUCCUCUGAUGGCCCACUGAAGCUGCUUCCUGAAAAUCACUUUGAUCUGGUGGUGAUAGAUGAGUGCGCUCAGGCUCUUGAAGCCAGCUGCUGGAUACCUCUACUGAAAGCGCCAAAGUGCAUCCUGGCUGGGGACCACAAGCAGCUUCCCCCCACCAUCGUCUCACACAAGGCUGCUGCCAAGGGCCUUUCCCUGAGCUUGAUGGAGCGUCUCAUAGAGAGGUACGGGGAGAAGGCCACAAGGAUGCUGACAGUGCAGUACCGCAUGCACCAGGCCAUCAUGCAGUGGGCUUCCUCGGAGAUGUACAGUGGCCGGCUCACUGCCCACAUAGCGGUAGCCCAGCAUUUGCUCAAGGACCUGCCAGGCGUCACAUCUACAGAAGAGACUACAAUUCCCUUAUUGCUGAUAGAUACCGCCGGCUGUGGCCUGUUUGAGUUGGAAGAGGAAGACGAGCAGUCCAAAGGGAAUCCAGGCGAGGUGCAGCUGGCCGGGUUGCACAUCCAAGCUUUGAUGGAAGCUGGCGUGAAGGCCCGAGAUGUUGCCGUUGUAGCUCCCUACAACCUCCAGGUGGACAUGCUCAGAGAGCACCUUUGCCAUAGGUACCCAGAGCUGGAAAUUAAAUCAGUUGAUGGUUUUCAGGGAAGAGAGAAAGAGGCAGUGAUCCUAUCAUUUGUGAGAUCCAACAGGAAAGGCGAAGUAGGCUUUCUUGCCGAAGAUCGGCGGAUAAACGUAGCAGUGACCCGUGCCCGGCGCCACGUGGCGGUUAUCUGCGACUCCCGCACCGUCAGCAACCAAGCCUUUCUGAAGCGGCUUGUGGAUUACUUUGGCCAGCAUGGGGAGGUGCGCACAGCCUUUGAGUACCUUGACAACCUUGUGCCCGAGAACUACUCUCACGAGGGCCACAGCAAGCGACAGGACAAUGCAAAACUCUCUGCCUCAUCUGGGCCCAAACCACAGCCACCUCCAAUGCAGAAACGCAACUCAGUAGUGACCAAACCAACUUCUCCAAAGCCAAAAACAUGUUUCUCCUCAAGCAACCCUGCGGUAGAGAACCCAGGGCCAAAAGAUGCUGCAGACAAACUCAAGGCCAUGCUGGUGACAUUCUUAGAGAGCAAUGAGCCACAGCUGGCUUUCCCUCCAUCUCUCAAUUCACAUGAACGGCUGCUGGUCCACCUGAUGGCGGAGGAAUAUGGGCUGCAGCAUGUGAGCACUGGUGAAGGGAGGGAUCGCUACAUCAGCGUUCACAAGAGAGAGCCCACUGCGCCUUCGCUGCUUGCAGCUGUGGCCCCCAGCAAGCAGCUUCCCCUUCCUCAUCCGCAAAGCACCAGUGGUGAGACUUCUGGUGCUGCUGAGAAGGAGGAGAGCAGCAAGGCUUUGGGAAAAGUGGACCUCAAAUCUUUACACUUGGAGAGAGUGCAGAGGGAGAAGGCCAGACGGGAAGAGGAGGCAAGGAAGGCGCAGGAGCUGAGUGGUGGCCCUCAGCGUGGCAGCGGGAAGAGAGACAAAAGCGAAGCCAAGGGAAAGCAAACCGGAGCAGCCAGUGCAGCAGCAGAAGAUAUCGACGCUCUGAUUUCCGCUGCCAUUAAAGCUGACAACACCUGCAGCUUCCCCUGUUGCAAAACCAGUGUUACGACUCUGGGCCAGCUUUGCCUCCACUGCAGCAGGCGCUACUGCCUCGGCCAUCACAUCCCGGAGGUUCACGGGUGCGGGGAGAAGGCCAAGAGCCACGCGCGGCAGCGGAUCAGCAGGGAAGGGGUGCUCUACCCCGGCAGUGGCUCCAAAGACAAGUCCCUGGACCCGGCCAAGAGAGCUCAACUCCAGAGGCGCCUGGACAAAAAGCUUAAUGAACUGACAAGCCAGAGAAAGAGCAAAAAGAAAGAUAAAGAGAAAUGAAAAAAAAAUCUAUUAUUUCUGAUAUCUAAGCUAAAUUAUUUUUUUGACUUGAAAUCACAGGUCAGACUAGAGAAACCAAAGAUGCUGUUCAGGGUACAGGAUCAUGCUGAUCCAGAGAGGAAGAAGGGAGCUCUCCUUUUGGAUGGCAGACAACUUGGAGCCAGCAUGCCAUAAAAAAUGGCUGAAUAAAUUGUCACUGGGCCUCUCUAAACCCCAGAGCUGCACUGGAGGAAGGCGAGCAGCUUUAUUUAUCCUGGUUAUUUUUAUUGACAAGGUAAGAGAUGUAUGCAGGGAGGCUGGCGAAUGACAAUAAAGAACGAUGUUAAAACACCUAGAGCAA